GUAUUUGGUAGCAUCAGUGAAAGCAAAAAACUUUAUUUUUUAUUUUUUUGCAAUUAAUCUUCUUCAGAUUAGAUUUGGUAUUUUCUUUUUUUAUUGGUUUGGGCAUCCAUCAGGGGUUGCUAGGUUGGUGUCAAAUUAGUCUUUUGCUUGUCAAAGUGUCCUGCUUUGACUUUUUUGCAGUUGCAAAUUAUCGUUUUCCGUGAGUUUAGCUUGUGAGCACACUGGAUUGUUCCCAUUUUUUAAUCGCUUGAGCUACUACAGUUGAGUGUUUUUUUCUUCAACGGUUUCAGAUUUGUUUUCUGUUACUAUCUGAGGAAGUCCAGAAAUUCUCUAGAUUUGAGUUGUUUUAAUUUUGUCUCCGUCGAAGUUGAGUCUGCUGACCAUCCCUCAUGGGCAGAAGAAGCAUGUCUUGAGUUUUGUUGGGUUGCAAGGUUAUUAUUGAAAUAUGAUGGUGUGUGUGGAGUAGAGCUGUGUUUGUGUAGAAGAUGAGAAGGGAACAGCAAGAGGGAUGCCGAGCUUCAAUUCACAACAGCCCAAUUCCAAUGCAUGCUAUACAGAGGGAAGCACGGUUGAUUCUUUUCGUCUGUCUGACUUUGAUCAAUCAGUUGGAUAUCGCAUAGAGGAUGCUGUUGCCUUAAGUGGAAACUCAAUUUUAGACUCACUUAAAGUAAGUAGCCAGACAAUUUCUCGAGGUCCUAUUCAACUUGGUUCCUUUGAUAAGUUGCCAACUUCACUUGACAAAAGCAUAUUAACAAACCAAACAGAGCGGCAAAGCUUGCAAUUCCAAAAGGUUCACACAUCAAAUUUAGUUACUGGUGAUACAGAACACCAGGAAGAGUUUGCCAUGGCUGAUGCCAGUCCUAGAACUGAUAUUUCUACAGAUGCUGACACUGACGAUAAGAAUCCACAGUUUGAUAGAAGUCAGGCCCUUGCUGCUGUGGCUUCUGACUCCAGUGACAGAUCAAAGGAUAAAACAGAUCAGAAGACUCUCCGCAGGCUUGCUCAGAAUCGUGAGGCUGCAAGAAAAAGCCGACUGAGAAAGAAAGCUUAUGUUCAACAGCUGGAAAGUAGUCGUUUAAAGCUGACCCAACUGGAGCAAGAGCUUCAGCGAGCUAGGCAGCAGGGAGUCUUUAUAUCAAGUUCAGGUGAUCAAGCGCAUUCAAUGAGUGGAAAUGGGGCCAUGGCAUUUGAUGCAGAGUAUGCAAGGUGGCUGGAAGAGCAGAAUCGACAAGUUAAUGAGCUAAGAGCAGCUGUAAAUUCUCACGCAGGUGAUACAGAACUCUGCAUGAUUAUCGAUGGUGUAAUGGCACAUUAUGAUGAGAUAUUUAGGCUGAAGGCCAAUGCAGCUAAGGCUGAUGUCUUCCAUUUGUUGUCUGGCAUGUGGAAAACACCAGCCGAGAGGUGUUUCCUAUGGCUUGGAGGUUUUCGGUCUUCUGAACUCCUCAAGCUGCUGGUAAAUCAGUUAGAACCUCUAACAGAGCAGCAGUUAGUGGGUAUCACAAACUUGCAGCAAUCUUCCCAACAGGCAGAAGAUGCAUUGUCUCAGGGCAUGGAAGCAUUGCAGCAAUCCCUUUCUGAGACAUUAUCCACUGGAUCACUUGGCUCCUCUGGUUCAUCAGGGAAUGUGGCCAAUUACAUGGGUCAAAUGGCUAUGGCCAUGGGCAAAUUAGGGACACUUGAGGGCUUCAUUAAGCAGGCUGACAAUCUGCGGCAGCAAACACUGCAACAGAUUCAUCGGAUACUGACAACUCGGCAAUCUGCACGAGCACUGCUGGCAAUACAUGACUACUUUUCUAGGCUGCGUGCUCUUAGCUCUCUUUGGCUUGCUCGCCCAAGAGACUGAUGCAUGGUAAAUAGCGUGUCAUUAAUUUUCAUGGCUCUGACACUGCUUACGAUUUUACUGUGUUGUAGUUUUCAUAUUACUGAUGUUAGUUUUUCGUUAAGUUAUAAUCUAGAAACUGAAUUGGUGACCAGGGUAUGUAUUUUGUUUAUUACUAAUGUAACAAUAUUCUCUUUCUCUCCACUGUAACGCAGUUUAAGAGAUUAUUACAUUAUUUUAUACAAAAUAGUUGGAAUGUGUCCUUUCCAUAAUU